AUGUAUGUCAUGGAGGUCUUACUUGGAAUCACUGGCAAGGACUUCACCAUCAUCGCCGCCUCCAAAGCUGCGAUGCGAGGCGCAACCAUCCUCAAAGUCACCGACGACAAGACCCGUCCGCUCAACAAGCACACUCUGAUGGCAUACAGUGGAGAGGCUGGAGACACUGUCCAAUUCGCAGAAUACAUUCAAGCCAACGUCCAGUUGUACUCGAUGCGAAACAGCACCGACCUUACUCCCUACGAGACCGCCUCCUUCGUCCGCAGUGAACUCGCCAAGUCCUUGCGAUCACGCUCACCGUACACCGUCAACCUCCUCCUUGGCGGCUACGAUCCUAUCAAAGACAAGCCCGAACUCUACUGGAUCGACUACCUCGCCUCGUGCGCCCCCGUCCCAUACGCGGCCCACGGCUACGCACAAUACUACUGCCUCAGUACGCUCGAUAAGCAUCACCAUCCCGAUAUCAGUUUCGAGCAGGGUAUGAAGAUCUUGAGGAUGUGCACGGAUGAGCUGAAGAGGCGUUUACCGAUUGACUUCAAGGGAGUGAUCGUGAAGGUUGUGACCAAGGAUGGCGUGAGGGAAGAGCCGUAUGAGGAUGACAAGCAGGUAUAUGCGCCCUGA